GAGUAUGUGGUCCAUGUGACAGAGGAGUUUUUAGAGUUCAUCGCAGACGGGGCGCUGGCCAUCGAGGUGUGGGGUCACCGCUGUGCCGGGAACGGACGCUCUCUGGGAGCUGGACGCACUGCUGGCCAAGACACGCACCCUACGAGACAGGGUCACUCGCGCAGGCUGCAGGUGUGUGUGAAGCAGGUGCAGGACUCUGGGACUCUGCCUCUGCUGGUGGAGGCUGUUCUAUCUGUCUCUAUCGGCUGUGUGUCAGCACGCUCCACCAAGCUACAGAGAGCCUAA